AUGAGCCGCCGAUUUUCUUUGCCUAUGACAACGGAACCCCCUCAUCAGCUCUUUUCUCAAGCUACUGUCGAAUAUGUUGGAUUCGACAAACAAAAGGCUAAUGAGAUAUGGACUGGCUGGAUUAACUGGCCUCCCGGUCCCGGGCGCUAUGAAAUUGACCCGGAUGACGGUGACCUUCAGGUUACGUUUCUUGACUGGAUAAAGGGUCACGCCAGCUACUCCAACGACAUCUGGUUAGACGAUGAUGCGGGUUGGAUCGACUGUAUGCGGCAGAAGGGCAUCGCUACCGAGCUGCAGCAAGCUAUUAUGGACCCCAAGUUCAAAUACAUGCGAAUGACGGGCACUUGUAUCACUUGGGUACGCGAUACCAUCAAAAUGCGCUAUGCCGGCCUCGAGGACAUGGCGCGCACUGAGUCACGAUAUCCCGGCUCGCCAGCAGGUCCUUCUCAUUUACUCAGCAUCUCAGGCAUAGCGACCGACAGCUGUAACUCGACUAGGGCUUUAGCUGCGACGAAUGAAUCGGGAAUGACUGUCCUCUUCAAGGCCAUCGACUGUGCGCGGGCUACUGGUCUCUUGGACGCCCAAGGUCAACUCAGUAGAAUCGGAGUUUUGGAAUCCACCCCCCCGUCCGAUUUCAGCAAGAACAAGUCGAUGUUCUACUUUACGACAAGCUUCGGUAUGGCCAAGAGAUACGCUGCAUGGGCCAAGAGACGCACCAAGUGCGAGUCUAUUGUUAUCAUACGGAUCGCGAUUGAAAAUAGCGUUAUCGAAAGUAUUCCCGAGGGAAAGAUUCAGCGCCUGCACUGGCCGAGUCCUGAUUGGAAAGAAGUUAUCUGGCGGUGCCGAACCAAAAACCAGCCUUCAAGAGCGUUGCGCAAAUAUGCUGAUGCUACCUUGGUCAUUGGUACAGUUGCCAACAAGCCCAAUGAGUACUACUAUGACUUCCAGUCCGGUAGUGAGCUGACAGAGACAUCUGUGCUAAAGGUCGAUGGCCCCGGAGGACAACAGCCUGCAAUCCAGUUUGCCUUUUCCAGUGAAGAAGAAGGGGAGGAUCUUCUUUUGGAGGCGGCUUCAGAAACAUUCCAAAUGUUCUCUUUCAUCUCGGCCGACAUGGAGAUUUGGAUGAGUGAGACUAAUAUAGGCUAG